UAACUGCAAUUCGCAGUCAAGAUGUCCCUUUUAACAAACAAUAAUGUUAUCGAUUUGAUUGUACUGUUAGCUACGAUAGUUUUCUUGGGCAGUGCUUACGUAAAAUAUUGUUAUGCAUAUUGGAAAAGAAACAAGGUCGUGCAAUUGACGCCUCAAUUCCCUUUUGGAAAUUAUGGAACUAAACUUCCAAGAGGAAUCUCAAUAGGAGCCAUAACCAAGAACUUCUACGAUGAGUUUAGGAAAAAGGGAUUGAAAUUUGGAGGUGUGUACUUUGGAUUAGACCCAUAUUUAGUAAUAGUAGAUCCAACAUACGCUAAGGACAUUUUAACAAAAGAUUUUCAAUAUUUUAUCGAUCGAGGAAUCUAUUUUAGUAAGAAGAGUCCUAUAACCGUACAUCUUUUAACUCAAGAAGGGUCAGAGUGGAGAGAGGCCAGGGCUAAAUUUACGAACAUUUUUACUUCUGCAAAGAUGAGAUUCUUUUUUGAAACUGUAAAAAAAUGCAGCGAAGAUUUGAAAUCAAGUUUGAAAGAAUUUGUUGAUCAGGAUAAAGAUGUUGAUAUAUUUGAGAUUGUAGCUUGUUAUACCACCGAUAUCAUUGGAGAUGUAGUUUACGGCAUUCAAGCUCAAAGUUUCUCCAAGGAAGGUGCAAUUUUCAGACAAAUGGGAAGAGAACUGUUCAACGUAUUUAGUAAAUUCUUUCAAUUUAGAAUUCUAAUGACCAUAUGUUAUCCAAAAAUCUCAAAAAUGUUAGGCUUUGUCAAUAUUCAAGGUCAUAUUGAAGAGUUCUUCAUGAAAUUUUUAAAAGAAGCUUUGGAUUAUAGAGAGGCGAACAAGGUUUCUAGGUCCGAUUUUCUUCAGCUGUUAAUUGAGAUGAAAAAUUCUGGUGUUGAACUUACUGACGACGAAAUGGCUGCUCAGGCAUUUUUGUUUUUCACUGCUGGAUUUGAGACCUCUUCGAUGUCUAGCAGUUUCAUACUAUUUGAACUAGGUUUACAUCAAGAUGUUCAAGAUAAAGUCAGGGAAGAAAUUAUUACAGUAUUGAAGAAACACGACGAUAAAAUAUCAUACGAUGUACUGAAAGAGAUGAAACUUUUGGAUCAAGCUUUUAAUGAGACUGCGAGGAAGUAUCCUGUUCUAACAACACUAAAUAGGGUUUGUACGAAGGAUUAUAAACUUGAAGACAGCGAUUUUGUUAUCAAAAAAGGCACUCCCGUGUUAAUCCCGCUAUUAGGAUAUACCCGCGAUCCAGAAUAUUACCCUGAUCCUUUGAAAUGGGACAUAAACAGAUUCCAAGAUAAAAACGAAAAACAUAUUGGAUAUUUUCCUUUUGGAGAUGGGCCUAGAAAUUGUAUAGGAUCAAGAUUUGGAUUGAUGCAAGUGAAACUGGCAUUAGUAUCAGUAUUACGUAACUUCAAAGUCUUCGUCAGUCCCAACACCAAAAUACCUCUUGAAUUUGAUGAACAAACCUUCGUCACAAAAACUACAGAAAGGAUGUUAUUAAGGUUAAAAAGUAUUUAAAAUAGUAAAAUAUACCAAUGUACUGUACUUUUAAGUAAUAAAAAAUUAUUGUUAUACAUUUUUGA